AUGUCCUCCAUGAAGGCAUACCUCGCCGAGAAAUACAUGUCUGGCCCAAAGGCCGACGCCAUAUUAGCUCGCACGGGGACCAAGAAGAAGAAACGCAGCAAAACCACGACGGGAUCGGGCGCUAUUGUUCGAGACGAUGAUGCGGGGUGGGGUGAUGAAGGUGCUAAGGAAGAAGUGGAGGAUGUAACAGAGGCUGUGGUUGCGUCGGACAGAGGAUUCAAGAAGAGAAAGACGGAGCAAGCUGCAGAGGGGGGAGGUUGGGCAACUAUUGAGGGCGGUAUGCGCGAGGCCACCCCUCCCCCCGCUGCCGAUGAACAACCUAUGGUCGUCGACGAGCCUGCCGCUCCGUUCACCGGUGGGCUCGUCUCCGCUAAACAGUUGAAGAAAGCAAUGGGCGCGAAGAAGAAGGAUACUCAAGCUACGCAAGAAGAAAUUGCAGCUGCGCAGGAAACUGUUUACCGUGAUGCUACGGGCAAGAAGAUAGAUACGAAAGCGGAACGGGCUGAGGCAGCGAGGCUGAAGCGAGAGAGGGAGGAACGGGAAGCAAAGAAGAUGGAGUGGGGCAAAGGUCUCGUGCAGAGGGACGAGCAGGAGAAGCGGAGGAAGGAGCUGGAAAACCAACGGGGCAAGGAGUUUGCUCGAUACGCGGAUGAUAAAGACUUGAAUGAGGAACUCAAGUCGAAGGAACUAUGGAAUGAUCCCGCCGCUGCCUUCAUGACAAAAAAACGAACCAAGGGACCACGGAAACCGGAGUACACAGGUCCUUUGCCAGCACCAAAUAGGUUUGGUAUCAAACCUGGUUAUAGGUGGGACGGCGUUGAUCGGAGUAAUGGAUUCGAGAAGAAAUUCUUCCAGACCCAGAAUUCGCGGAAGCGACAAGGGCAGGAAAGCCAUCAAUGGAGUGUAGAGGAUAUGUGA